GAUCUCUCCAACGUUGCGCUGGCCACGGCGUCCAUCGAGCGGGUCUUGGGAGCUGUGGAGCGCUACGCGGAGGAGCUUCCCGAGGUCAUCGCUGCUGCUGAAGCGCAGGUUCCAAAAGGCCUCAAGGAGGAACUUGUCGAAGAAGCAAAGGAGUGUCAGAAGGACUACGCCAGCACCAUCGAAGAGUUGGAAGAUGCGAUCGCAGAUCCUCGAGCCGAGGGCGAAGACUUGAAGGCUGCACUGAUCCGCGCUCGGCUAGCUGGUGCACCAAUGACGCUCAUCGACCGAGGCUUUGCGAAACUGGAGAAGAAAUUCCCAGAAUGGUUUGGCUACACGAAGACUGAGCUCGAGCUGCUUGUAGCCAAACAGGAGGCGGAUGAUAUCCAGGAGCUCUCGGCCGAGGGCCGAUUUCUGCGGUUACAGGAUGCUGCGGAUGCUGCCCGCACAUUGCAGCCACGGCUGGAAAAGAGCAUCCUCGAGGAAGUCGAGGACAUCUCCAUGGCCUUGGCGGCCGAGCGCUCGUUUGUAAUGGCCGUGAAAGAAGCCAAGGACAUUCUUGCAGGUCUUCCCAUGUCCCCAGAAGACGUGUCCUUGUCGGCCCUGCGGCUGGGGCAUGCCAUCCAGGCAUGCGAGAUGUCUGCGCAGGAAGAGGCAAAGAAGGGCAUCUCAGAGGCGGAGGAGCUCCGAGUUCUUUUGGAGGAGGAGGGCAACAGGCGUUCAGAAGUCCUGCAGAACGCUAUCGCCAUCUCCUCAGAUCGGGGGAGGAGCUUGCGUGAUCUACACGUGGCCAUCACUGGCGCAAGGGAGGCAAGCGUGACGCCAGAGUUCCUCCAAGAGCCCUAUGCUCGACUCAGGAAGAAGAAGCUGGACUUUGUCACGUCGGCCCUGCGGAACGCCUGCGCAACUGGCAAGUAUUCUCUAGCAUUUGCGCUGUACCACAGAGGUCUGGCUUUGAAGGCGUUCGAGGAGCGAAAUGGCGGCGAAUGGCGAAGUGGUGCCAUCCAGGCUGAGAUCAAGCGCCUGCGAGCGGAUGUCUCAACAAUCCAUGGGGAGUUUGUGAUCGAAACCUCGGGCGGCGCUUUUGGCACCAGCACGUGGCGCAGGAAUCCUUGUUACCUCAUACGGCACUCCAAGAUGGAGUUUCGGGAAGGUUUGGAGCGCACAAUAAGCAAGAAAGAUAUUGUCUUUAUUCUCUUUGUUGGUAGGAUUGUGGCUGGUUACCGGUCGGUGGCCCUCGCCGAGGCAAGCGAUAGUCCUGCGACGAUGGCUGUGCACGUUGUGCGGAACAACAAGGAGGUGCACGAGGCUGGAGCUGGAUACAUGCUGAUGCCGGGCUACGAGGUUCUGGCUUCCUCGCAUGAAGAUGACGACAUACCGAGCUGUGAGUUCGACCUCCCGCCUUCCUCACAGCCACUCUUCAUUGUGCCCUCAGCCGCGAAGGGUGAGUUGGGCCCUUUCACGCUCAUUGUGAAUGCCACGGAGUCGGUGGAUGUGAUCAGGAUUCCACCCGCCAACUGCGAGCCACAGCGCUUCCAACAGACCUUCGAAGUCAAGUGGCUUCAGGAGCGGCCUUACCAAGUCAUCAUGGGGGGCGGCCGAUUCCGCAACCGCGCUCCAAUGGUCUCGUGGUAUCGCAAUCCGCAGUUCCGGGUGAAGGUGAAGCAACCACAGGAAUCACCGCAGGAGCCACCACCCGAACCACGCUCAAUGCUGGCACUGCCUGCGCCAGAUGCAUUUCGUAGCCGGACCCCGCCAGCCAGGUCCGGCAAGCCGGAGUCCCUUGGGCCGGUGGUGCCAGUACCUCGCCCAAACACUGCCCCCACGACGCCUGCGGGCACGGAGAACUUGGACUUGAAAAAGCUACGAAUGAUCUUCGACAGCGCCGAUGUGCAGAGAAAUGGAAUGGUGAAUAAGCGGGAGCUGAUCAAAGCAAUCCGCCGUGAUGGGAAGAUGGCCGAGUUCUUUGGCCUGCCCGCUGAGAUCCGGCAGGAGGAUGGUUCCCGAGAUCAGAUGGAAGCGCUGUUUCAGGCCAUGGACAGCGAUUCGGAUCGCGAGAUCACUUGGGAGGAAUUCCUGGCGUUCCAGGCCUCUGUGCACCUGCGCAAGUCGACAUGGGCAGAGGAUGCCUCCGAGGUGAAUGCUUCCAAGUCCGAAGUGGACUUCAGCAGCCUGGAUGCCAACCCACCCCCGUUGCUGGUAGUUGCCAUGACGCCCCACGGACGCCCGAAGGCUGGGCCAGCAGCAGUGCACAUCUUGCGGAACAUUGAGGGCAAGGGUGAGGAUGGGCUCCUCGCGGAAAACCCCAGCCAUCACCAUGUCCUGGCCCAAAGCGGCCUUCGACACAUAGGCCGGGAAUAUUCCAGUGCCAGCGAGGUGGGUGCUGUUCUGCGGCUGCCGCUGGAUCGGCCAGAGGAGCCAUUCAUCGUGGUGCCGUCCCUCAAAUCCACAAACCACCAGGGGCGUUUCACUAUCACAUUCAUGUCCACGCAGGACAUUGAAGUUGAGCGCAUUCAAUGA